AUGCGUCUGGCAGUUCACCAGAUUAUUACAAUCACUGUGUCUCUCAUUAUGGUCAUCGCAGCCUUGAUAACUACACUUGUCCUUAAAAACUGCUGUGCACAGUCGGGGAAUGGCCGUCACAGUAGCCAUCAGCGGAAGAUCCACCAGCAGGAGGAGAGCUGUCAGAACCUGACCGACUUCACGCCCGCCCGCGUGCCCAGCAAGGUGGACAUCUUCACCGCCUACAACGACAGCCUGCAGUGCUCGCACGAGUGUGUGCGCACCGCCGUGCCCGUCUACACGGACGAGAUGAUCCAGCAGACCCCUAUAUACAAGACCACCUACAAUGGAAAUAGACCUUCUCCCACUGAAAGGCAGCUGAUUCCUGUGGCCUUUGUGUCAGAGAAGUGGUUUGAGAUCUCCUGCUGA